AUGCGGCAACGGGGGGAGGCAUUGGGGUGGGACUGGGACUUUGGGUACGAGACCGUAGCUACGGGAAUUGCAAUCGCGGAUGCUCUUGGAACCUGUACAUCUUCUACAGACGCUCACUGGGUCUUUCUAGAAGGAGUACCAGGUAGUCUCCUAGGCUUCUACUACUACUACUACUACUACUACUACUACUACUACUACUACUACUACUACUACUACUACUACUACAGUAUUGCUAGUCCUGAUUUCGCAGUCCCCAAAGUACCGGGUACCAUCGAGAAUGCCAUCCCGCCGCCCCACUGUGGGUAG